AUGUUGCUUGGUCUUUCUGCCACCCAGUUCAUCCGCUAUUUGGAGUACACACCUCACCGUCAACGCUUCUUGUUUGGGGGCGAUGUGAUCCGCCUGUUCCAUCCCGAACACGACCAGUCCCUCGCCUGUCGCCGGUCAGAGGACGAUCCCGAGGUGCUGGAAACGUCACUGGUCGAUGACGUCAUGAAGCUCACGCAGGACGAUGACGUCAUCACGGACACUCUGUGGGCGAUAGAGGUCAUCUGCCCAAAUGAACCAUGCACCACCAGAACAGAUGUGGCGACGUGGAAGACCGUGUUCAGACUGCGCCACGUGGUGGAGAAUGUCUACUUGCGCAUCGAGGCGUAUGAGUCGACCCUUGGCGCCACCAGCCCUGGCCUGGAAGUCAAGCCAGAAGCCAAGACCCUAUCCUCCUGCAAAAGCAUGCCAUCGCCCAGAGCCACCACAGAAGAGACCGCCGAGACGUCACACGGGCGCGACGCCGUACACAACGACAACCUCUCCAUCCCACGCGUGAGCAGUGUAGGUAGUGCGGCGAUAGCAGCACCUGCGCCAGAGCGUAGUACUGGCUUGGGUAGAAGGGGGGUGAACCAGUGUGUGUGUAGUGACCCUGUGGCCAACAGUGGGUUUAGUAACCAAGGGCCGUGUGGUUACGGGGUUGAGGUGGAUGGUAGUUGGGGGGGGGGGGGGAAGGAAGGCAGGGACAGUGCAUACGGUGGGAAACAGAGUGAAUUCUUCAGGUACCGAACUGGUCUUUCGGCUGGCAUGAGCCUUGACAGCAAGGACAAUGUCACCCGGCAACACGCCCGGGCGACCGGCACUACCAACACGCCCACGACGCAGCGCAGAGACACGAGUAACACACACAGAGGGCCCAUGGACAGGGCAGAGGUGCACGCGGACACGGCAGCGCAUGACGGCACGCAAUGGAGCCCUGCAGAUGGGGCUGGGCAUGUGGACAGGGACAAGGGAAAGGGAAAGGGGAAGGGGAAUGGGAAGGAUAACUUUAGUAGUACCAACUCAGUCAGCCCAGACAUCACCAUCGACACAGACGACACGCACCACGGGAUCAGCCGCAUCAGCACACACCCCACAGGCACACCAGGCACAGGCACACCAGGCACAGGCACACCAGGCACAGGCGAGGCACAGGCAGAGACAGACAAGGACACGCGAAUGCACCAGCGACAGCUCAGCCGCAGAGAUCUGCUGAGCAGUGGACUGAGUGCGGAGUUGACUGGGCUGAGUGUGUAUGCGUUGCGGGACCUGCGCAGGCGUAGUUUUGAGUGCGACUGCCGCGGGGCUGCGUCGGGAGGUGUUAG